AUGAUCGCCCUCCGCCUGAUUACCGCGUCCACACUUCUUACGGCUGCCUUGGCGUACAGCGCAUAUGGCUUUCCUGGUUACAGGUCUUCCGGCUACGGUUUCGAGCCUUUCCACCAAUUCGGUGGCUUUGGGUCUCAUCGGGCAUGGCCCUACCACGAGGAAGCCUACCGUCCCCCCUGCCCGCAAUACAAGCCGAUGGAGCUGGGCGAUUGGGAAGAGGCCAUAACACCCUCUGGAGGUGCCUACCAGCUUUCCGUCAAGCUCCCUGGGGUUCACCCUCAGAGCCGCUUGGUGGAGCUCAUGGAAGCUGGACGAGGAGUGCACAUCAGUGGCUACAGACAGGUGCCUACGAGGGGACGCGUGCGAGCUUUGGAGUGCCUUCCUGACGACGCGCGACUCAGCCGUGAUGGACGCUACGAGAUCUUGGAGGCCAUAGUGCCAUUUCCGAAGGAUGCAGAUGCCUCCAAGGCAUCCGUCCGACACGGCCGACAGGGGCUGGAGAUCACCGCUCCUCUUCGUCGCGAUCCCGGUGUGAGGAGCUCCAGGCCUUCUGUGUCAUCGAAGCGAAUCGCAGCGGCUGAGCUUCAGAUGGCGCCGCGGACGGACGGCAUUGAGAUCACCGAGGAGGAGUAUCCUUACCCGGAGAAGGAUGCCGACGCAGCUGAAGGUUGGUUUGACAAUCGGAACGAGUUCCAGCUCUACUGA